AUGCCCACACCUCACAUCUACACUUGCCACUGCAAGAAGAACGCUUACUAUGUCUAUUCUAUGCGUUGUUUUAAUCCUGAUGAAUUUCGGCUUCUUGCUGAUUUACGGCAUAAUUAUGAUGCUUUUGAAAGACCUGUCCAAAAUUCGAGCGAUCCACUGGUUGUAUCGGUCAAGUUAUAUUUACAACAAAUCUUGGAUGUGGAUGAAAAGAAUCAAGUGAUCACGAUAGUUGCCUGGAUCGAAUAUACAUGGACAGAUUACAAACUUAAAUGGGAUCCGGCUGAAUAUGGUGGUAUUAAGGAUAUUCGUAUACCAGGGACUGCGAACGCCAUUUGGAAGCAUGACGUACUACUUUUUAACAGUGCAGAUGAAAACUUUGAUUCCACAUACCCAGUAAAUUAUGUGGUCAGCCAUGAUGGCUCAAUCAUGCAGGUGCCACCCGGCAUCCUAAAAGUUUCAUGCAAAAUUGAUAUCACAUGGUUUCCGUUUGACGACCAAAUGUGCUAUUUAAAAUAUGGUUCUUGGACUUAUUCAGGGAAUUUUAUCGAUCUACGAAUAAGUGCACCGGAAGGGAAAAAGAUCGAAGAGCAGGGAAUUGAUACUAGCUAUUAUGUGGAGAAUGGAGAAUGGACACUUCUUGGUGUGCCGGCCCGAAAUGAAACCUACGUUUUUGACAAUCAACCAUAUCCAUCUUUGUAUUUUUAUAUCAUGAUUCAACGAAGAACACUCUACUAUGGAUUGAAUUUGAUUGUACCUAGUCUAUUAAUUAGUUUAAUGACUGUACUUGGCUUUACCUUACCCCCGGAUGCUGGCGAAAAAAUUACGCUAGAAAUCACUAUCUUACUGUCAAUCUGCUUCUUCUUGAGCAUGGUGGCCGAAAUGACUCCCCCGACGUCAGAAGCCGUUCCGUUAAUAGGUGCCUAUUUCUCGAGUUGUAUGCUUGUCGUUUCGGCGUCAGUGGUAUUUACCGUGUUGGUUUUGAAUCUGCAUCACCGAAAACCAGAAACUCACGAAAUGAGUCCAUUCAUGAGAACUUGCUUUUUGGUCUGGUUACCGUGGUUAUUAAUGAUGAGAAGACCAGGCAAAACUGUUUACAACCGAAAAGUUAUUUGUAGUGAAAGGCUGGCAGAAGAACAACGAAAAUCUGGAUCCCGUAAAAUUAGCGCUCGUGACGUGGAGCAUGAACAAAACGAAAAAUUAUUUACAAAGCUGUUAGACGACGAUAACUGCACUUGUUCCUCACAAACGUCUCUGACGAAGCCAUUAAUGAGUACAUCAUUCUCAGCGGGUCAUUCAAAAUUUGGAUUACUUGCGGCGUUAAAAACAAGAAGUUUAGAACACACUGGAGAAAGUAAUGGUUUGAUAAUGUCCGCAUUAAAUAAGGGCCUACAAACGGCGUGCCUUGAAUUGAGGAGUAUUUCGAAUCAAAUUCGAGUGGUCCGAAAACGAGUUGAAGAAGAUGAAAGGGACGAGCACCACGAAAACGAUUGGAAAUUCGCGGCGAUGGUUGUGGACCGAUUGUGUCUUUAUACGUUUACAAUGUUUAUCGUUGUAUCGACGUGUGCGAUUAUGUUCAGCUCACCACAUUUGAUUGCA